AUGGCAUCCCCCAUGAUAAUAGAAAACAAGACUCUUGUGGAACUCAACUAUGAAUUGUUAAGUCAGUUGAAAUCCUUAUCGGACUCCGAACCCGUGACUAAGAAUACUGUGAAGAAGUUGAAAAGAAACGAUGGUAAUGGAAACCUCGUAAUUGAUAAUUCCUAUUAUUCUAAGAUAAAUCAAAUUUACCAUACAAAGAACGAAGUGGAUGAAACAAAUAUCAAUCUGAUAAGAUAUAGAAAAUUCAAUGAUUUGGUUCAUAGGGAAGUUCAAUUCAUCAAUAAGUUGGAUAGAAUACCUAAAACCUCAUUAUCCCCUUCAAGCGAUGGUAUUUACAGGGUAACACUCUACCAUUGUAAGAUAGUGUUCUAUAAGGGGAUAUUGAAUAUCAGACACAACAAGGCACAGAAGCUUAAGGCAUCAUUGGUAUGUUCCUAUAACUUAGAAUCCGAUGAGAAUAAUAUUGUAGUUGAAGAAGAUGAAGCAGAUCAGACCAAGAUGAAUGCCAAUAUUCAAUCAUUAUUUGAAGAAAUCGGUCUUUUAAACGUUGCAAAUUCUCGUUCAGCCAAUUCUUUAGAUAUAGACCGUCCUUUAGUAGAAUUUGAAAUCGAUCCCAUCAAACGAAGACUCACUACAACUUUGAAAUAUCAUGUUCAGUAUGGAUGUUAUGUUAACCAGACAAUUCUGCCCACGAUAACAGUCAAGAUUAAUAAGGUCAUUGCUCCACAAAUCAAACCAUACCCGAUAUUUGAAGAUUUGGAGUUGGUGGAUGAUAUUGGAGCUCAACUAUUUUAUAAUUCAAUGUCCAAAACUGCCGUCAACACUCCACAACCAGAGAACUUUGAACUACCUGAACUUGAAACAAAACUUUUGAGAUUUCAAACUAAAACCGUCAAUUGGUUGUUGAAUAAAGAAAGUGUACGAUAUAAUUGGGAAACCAAUAGAUCUCAAAAUGAUCCCUUGAUCUCCGUUGAUCUCGUAGAUGCCAUCACAGAACAAUUGAAACAAGGACACAAUUCUGAUGAUGUAGAUAAGAAAGUUUACCAUGUGAUCAACAAAUUGGUAUUUGGAUGGGAAAGAGUGCUUUUCAAUGAUAAGCCAUUUUGGUAUAAUAAGUAUAAUGCUAAUCUUAUAGAUUGGACAACGAUGUAUCAAUACAUUUUGAACUACCAUAAUUCCAAAUUACCAGAGAUUUUACCGGGACAAGGGUUGUUGGCAGAAGAAAUGGGUUUGGGAAAGACUGUGGAAGUAGUAUCCUUAGCUCUUUUGAAUCAAAGACCCAUCUCAGAUAUUGAUGAGAUCAUACAACUACAAUUGAGACAACAUGGCGACCUCAAGCCCGUUAUCAAGGCGAAAACCACAUUGAUCAUAGCUCCAGAUUCAAUUCUUAAACAAUGGGUUUCAGAAGUUCAACGUUUAGCUCCAUCUUUAGCUGUUACAGUGUAUCAAGGGUUAGACAAGUACCCUAAAUUCAAGAAUAAUGCUAAGAUCAUUGCCAAUUAUUUGAAAAUGUUUGAUAUUGUCUUCACUACCUAUGCCGUUCUUGGUAAGGAAUUGGACUAUGCAUUAUUUUCUUCUAAGAACAAUUUGACUAGAGGUUCUAAGAGAAGAGCUAGACCAGAAAACCUUCGUGAAUUUUCAUACAAAGAUUAUGAUCAAGGAACUCCUGAGCCAGAAACUUCCAACGAAGCUGAAGAUGACGAUGACCUUGAAGAUGAGGAUUCUCAAAACGAAGUUAAAAACCAACAUCUUGCUGACUACCAAUCAUAUUUCCAGUUAUCUUUGCGUAUCAAGAAACCUAAAAAUGCUAACGAGAAGACUAAUGACAAUCAGAAAGUCACUGACUAUGAGCAAGCUUUGCAAGAUGAGAUUGAACUUGUGUUAAAACAUAACGAAUUGGCUAAUUCCACUGUUAUAACCAAAGAUUAUCAAUCCCCUAUGAUGUUGUUACAGUUCUGGAGGGUUGUUUUGGAUGAAGUUCAAAUGGUUUCAUCAAAGAUUUCUCGUUCCUUCCAAUCAGCUGCUUUGAUACCUCGUCAUCAUAGUUGGGGGGUCAGUGGUACACCUAUCAAGAAGAAUAUCGAUGAUUUACAUUCAGUAUUGUCAUUUUUAAAGAUCCAACCAUUUAUUGGAGAGAUUGGGAAACAUAGUUGGGACUUGUUGGUCAAAGGGAAUAAUGUUAUGGAUUUUAUCAAUCUUUGGUCUAACAUUGGUUUGAGACAUACUAAAGCUAUGGUUCAUGAUGAUAUCAAAUUACCUCCACAACAUAGAAUGUUGAUGACCAUACCUUUCAAUGCUGUCGAACAAGAGAAUUAUAAUCAAUUGUUAACUGAUUGUUUAGCAGCCAUUUGUCUUGAUUCCAACGGUACACCGGUUGUCGAUGAUUGGGAACCGACACCUACAAUUAUAUCGGUGAUGAAGCAAUGGUUAGUAAGGUUAAGGCAAGUAUGUGGUAAUCCUCAAAUAGGGAAAUUGAGUGUUAGUGCUAAGAGAUAUAAAGCUAGACAUUAUUUCUAUUCUAUGGAAGAUUAUUCAGAGUACAGAAGACAUUAUCUCAAUGGAACCUUGGGAGUUUCCAAUGUUCAAGCUUUAAAGACUUUAGACGAUGUUUUAGAUGAUAUGUUGAAUGGAGCUAUCAAUGAAGUGAUCAAUUCCGAAAGAAAGAUCAUUAAUGGUUACCUUGAUAUCGCUCAAAUCUACGAAUUGGUGUUCUCGCCCAAAGAAGCCAGGGACACAUUCGAAUAUAUUUCAGAAAUCAUCCAGGUGAUCAUUGCUAGGAUAAGGUUCUUAUUAGAUCGAUCAAUAAGAAAGUUUGAUGGUUUAUUUGAAAGUGAUGAACUCAAGGAAGAAGAUGAGGAAGAAGAUUUAGAUGAUGAAGAAAGAGAGAAACGGAAAUUGAGCAAACUUUCCGAUAAAGCAUUGAAAGAUGCACAGGAAUUGAAUGAACAGAUCAAAACAUCACGUCAAAGGUUGAGACAAUGGAAUAUCUUACUUCAUAAAUGUUAUUUCCUUCUUGCUUCUUCCAACUUCCAAUUAUAUGAUGAGGAGUACAAGGAAAGAAUCAAGAAGUUCUCUCGUCCUUAUUCACCGCCAAAUAUCCCACUUGAUUUUGAUCCUAAGAAUAUCAAUGAAAUUCUUGUUGAUGAGAAAGUGUCUGUGAGGUUGAUUAACAGUGAAUCGAUAUUACAGGGAUUUAAACCGGUCACGGGGCUUUCCACUGGGGAUGAUAAUGAAGCUAAUGAGACUGUUCAAGAGACGGCCAACGGAGCCAACGAGACUUCAGAACAAUUGAAAUUCCUUGAACAAUCAUACUACGAUUUGGCUGAAGAUAUCAGAUCAGAAUUAUUACAAGGAUCUAUUGUAGCUGUUGAUAAAACUAUCACCACACGAUUCAAAAACCGUGAAGCUUUCAAAUCUUCGGCUUUAGUCGAUGAUGGAUCCCAAUUACUCCCUAAAUCCACCAGGAAAGUAUUCAAAAGUUUACCUAUUAUCGAAACUACUGACUUUGAAGACAAUAUCUCCGGAAUGAAAUCGAAAGUUUUUGUCAAUCGGGUCAAAUCUCUUAUUCAACAAUUGAAUAAUCAAGCUGAAGUCAUUAACGAUUGGAUGUCUCAACUUAUAGAAAUCUUAUCAUCGCCGUUAUUGACUCAUGAUAAAGAUCCUAAUGGAGAAGAGUAUGAAAAAUCCAUUGAAUCUCAAGAUAGAGCUUCAUGUUAUCUUCAUUUACUCAAUAAACUCAUGACCGAUAGAAUGGAGGUGAUUAAUGGCAAAGAUACAACUGUUAAUUUAGGUAAUAAAAGAGGUGACCAAGAUGCUGUUGAUGUUGAAAUGAGUGGUAUCAAUGAUAAGGAUUUCUUGAAAGCAUUAGAAGCUACUCGUCAUUCCAUCAAACCACGUUCAAAAUAUAGUUUCAAUGAUCUCAUUUAUGAAAUCAAAUCCCUUGAAAAUGAUUUGAAAGAUGAAAGACUCAAUCAUCGUUCCAUUUCUUCUGACGUUGAAUCCAACUUAUUCGAACAUUUAUCCAAUAAGUUGUCUAUAAUGUUUGAUAACCAAAAACUUGCCAGUGUAUUAAUUCAAAAGGAAUUGGCCUCCAGUUGUAAUUCUGUAUUCAAUGCUAGAAUUGAAUACUUCAAGCAAUUACAACAAAUAAGUGACAGUGUUAAAACUCUUGACUAUGGUCUUGAUAGAGAAGAUUUAGUAUCGGAUAAAAUCACCAGUCUUUUCAAUAGAUUCAAAAAUUAUGCUGAUGUUUCCAAUAUUAGCUUAGACAAAUCCAUCUCCAGGUUCAGAUAUUUAAGUACUUUAAGUAAGAUCAAUGACAAACAAAGAGCCAGAUCUGAGCAGAUUGAAGAAGAUGAGAAUGUUGAAGAAGAUCCUACUGAUGAUGAUAGUUUAAUGUGUAUUAUUUGUAGAUCCCAAAUCACCAUAGGUUCACUUACAACCUGUGGACAUAAAUACUGUAAAGACUGUUUAGACCAAUGGUUAAAUGGUGGAAGCCAUUAUUGUCCAAUGUGUAAAUCUAGAAUCAGUGAAUACUCCAUUUACAAUUUCACUCACUAUAAGCCAAAUUUGAAAGCCAACAAGGCAAUAGAUGGACCUGAAACAAAGAAGGAUAAGAAUCUUUAUUCAAUUUAUAAUCAUAUUGAUAAUGAAAUUGUGGAAGCAGUUCAAAAUAUUCAACUCAAAGAGUCAUAUUCUUCGAAAGUUGAUAUGAUUGUCAAACAAGUAUUGUAUUUGAAGUCCAAAGAUCCGAAAGUCCAAAUAGUUAUUUUCAGUCAAUGGCAAGAUCUUCUUUAUAUUUUAGCUGCAGCUUUCAAGAAUGCCAGUAUAAGUUAUUUAGCUAGUUAUGGAACUUUAACUCCUGAAAUAGGUGGUGGAAGACGGAAAUCCAAAUAUGAUAGUGUUGAAGAAUUCAAGAAACCAGAAAAUGGUAUAACAUGUUUCUUAUUGAAUGCCAAAGCACAAGCUUCAGGGUUGACGUUGAUUAAUGCUCAACACAUCUUCUUGUGUGAACCAUUAGUGAACACAUCUUUGGAAUUACAAGCUAUCUCUAGAAUCCAUCGUAUUGGUCAAACUAAAGUAACAACCGUAUGGAUGUUUGCUAUUGAAAAUACCGUAGAAGAAAGUAUAACGUUACUAUCUACAAACAAAAGAUUACAAUACCUUGAAUAUGGGACACCAGCACCUGAAACCAAAUCCAACAAGAAUUCUGAAAAAGGUUUAACAGCAGCUGAGUCUAUGACUUUAAUGAAAAGUGGAGGUAUUGACACCUUAGUACAAAAAGGUGCUGGAGAAGGAGAAACAGUUUCUAAUGGAGAUUUAUGGGAUGCAUUUUUCUGUGCCAAUUCAUCCAAAGAACAAAGAGAAACUAUGAAUAUUGAUGCAUUAUCAAAGAUAGAUUAG